UUACGGCAACCUCCACUGCUGCAGCCACCCUUCCCGGGAGGGAGAGGAAAACAUUGUCGUGAGGGACACGCUGUCCCAGUGCCCAAGGUCAGAGUUAGAGCGUUUCUGCCAAGCCCUGGUGGGAGCCUUGCACUUGGAGAAGGGAGGACAGAUCCGGUCUUUGAGAUUGCGGGAAAAGCCCUCAUAUUGGAUUGUGUUGACUUUUUGUCAGCUUAAUUGAGCAAAGCGUCAGCUUUGCCCAAGCCCCCAUAAACCCUGAGCCAUGUCUCCUCCGACCGUGCCUCCGAUGGGGGUAGACGGUGUGUCCGCAUACCUGAUGAAGAAAAGGCACACCCACAGAAAGCAGCGGCGCAAGCCCACUUUCCUCACUCGUAGGAACAUCGUGGGCUGCCGCAUUCAACACGGCUGGAAGGAAGGCAACGAGCCCGUAGAGCAAUGGAAAGGCACCGUACUCGAGCAGGUUUCCGUGAAGCCCACUCUCUACAUUAUUAAAUAUGAUGGCAAAGAUAGUGUAUAUGGACUAGAACUACACCGAGAUAAGAGGGUUUUGGCGUUAGAGAUCCUUCCUGAGAGAGUGCCAACUCCUCGCAUCGAUUCGCGCCUGGCAGAUUCCCUGAUUGGCAAGGCAGUGGGGCAUGUGUUUGAAGGCGAGCAUGGUACGAAAGAUGAAUGGAAGGGUAUGGUCCUGGCGCGAGCCCCGGUGAUGGAUACUUGGUUUUACAUUACCUAUGAGAAAGAUCCGGUCCUCUAUAUGUACACGCUGCUGGAUGACUACAAAGAUGGUGACCUGCGCAUCAUACCAGAUUCCCACUACUAUUUCCCUACUGCAGAACGGGAGCCUGGAGAGGUGGUCGACAGCCUCGUGGGCAAGCAGGUGGAGCACGCCAAAGAUGACGGGUCCAAGAGAACCGGCAUUUUUAUACAUCAAGUGGUGGCCAAGCCGUCUGUCUACUUCAUUAAGUUUGACGAUGAUAUUCACAUUUACGUCUAUGGUUUGGUGAAAACCCCCUAAAUUCAUUGUGCUCUUUGCAAAACUUGUGGAACUAUUAGAUGUAAGAUAUUUCAUGUUUUCAUAAUUGUGAACUUUGCGAGCACUUGAGGUGUCAGAAAUUCAGGAAAGUGGAUACAUCUUAUUGUGCCUCAAAAUCUUACAUUGACUAGUUCCACAAUUUUGCCCCAAGCGUUUUUCGGUACUGUUGAUGUUGCCUUGUCCUGUAACUGAAAAUUUAAAUUGGGUGCUAACAGAAGAUUAAGAACUGUUUGCAACCAUGGGAACAAUGCAAAAGUAGAUUAAGAAAAAUUAAUGGUGUAACUCCAUGCCAUGUCCUUCCCCCCUCCUUGCCUUACCUUCUCCCUUUCUUCCCAGUUAAC